GUUCACGUUUCCCAUAUUCGAAAAUUCCGCCCUUCAUUCAAGGUUGCUAGGGCAAAGGGGGUAUGUUUGAUUUUCAUGUUGAGCGGUUAGGGACCGGAUGGACUGGAACUGGCUGCAGGCUCGGAUAUGGAGACGAUCACAGAAUCUGGAGCUAUUCUUUCGCUCACAGUCAAUCCUAUAAGCAACAGCAGUUAUCUUUCCCUCGUUCCCUCCCCGGUUAUCAACUUGUUUCAAAUACUUGCAGUUCGGCUACACAGGGAUCCGCAAUCAAGCCCCACGCAUUGAGUCCACGACUUUGGUAAGUGGAAAACUAUUCGGAUAACGAAGCUUAAAUAUUGUUUGGCGAGAGUCAAACGCUGAUCAGGACGACGUCGCGUGCUCGACGUGUGAUGCAAAUUUGGAAGAGCCAAGGACGUAAAACGGUAACUACCCGGCGAUGUAGAGCUAUCUCUAGAGUACUAGUUGCUUAGUAUUCGGAAAUGAAGUGAAUGGUGGUGCUCUCUAGUGUAUUGACACCCCGAGACCCAGUUAGCAGUCAGGGACCCAUAUUAUCUAACAAGCAUCAUCUAGUGGUUUCCGCUAAAGCCCAGGAUCGUGCCAUUCACGGAUCAAACGCAACCACCAGACGAAAUACUACAAUUGCUUUCAGCACUUCAUUUAGCGCCUUACACCAGGAAUGGACGAUGGUGAGUCCUUGCGCGUCACACUGUUUUCUUUCGGGACUGCCAGGACACCAUCGCGCUCGUCUUCUCGUACUGUGCUUACUCUCGUGUUCCCAUCGUGCUCCUUUGUGUGGUUUCCGCGUGGUUUGCGCUCGUCUUCGGCUGCACGCCGAGGUCAUUUGCUUGAGCUUGAAUCAGUUCUUCGUCGAAUGGCUUAUUACUUAGUAGCCGCCACCCAAUCUCCGCGGACUAAAGGUGGGACUUCUUCCUUCGCGCUCUUCGCAGCUCUCGUCGUUAGGAAGCUCAGGGCAACUGUGACCGCUGCUGUUUCCCAUCGUUAUCCCCGAAUUGCACUCCUGGUUUGUCAUAUCGUAUGGCAGUCUCACAACGGACAAUCGCCGUGUUUGAAUUGGCCCAAGGUUCAAGGCUAAAUGAUAAUGAGUAAUCUUUCUCUUCGUUGCAUAUCCGUUCCCCAGAAACCCCGCACUUGCGGCUCAGGCCCCAAGGGGCUAGGAAGUGGUUUUGAGUUCAUUGGAGUGGCUAUCGUCCGACAUCGCUGGAUGAUGGGGUUGAAUCAUACGUUCAUCGUCAAAGCGGGAGUCGCAGAAAACAGAAUCUGUUCUUUUCCGUUGGCAUGGCUUUCCCUGUUAUACAACCUCAGUAUCAUUUCAGCAGAUGCAUGUCAUCCCCAUCGGGUUGUUCUGGCGGUGGCGUACGGUGCCGCCCUGUCUGCUCAGCGAUGGCUUGCAUCCAGCCGUACUCACACGCAUUGUAACCUUUGGACCCCCGGGUUUACUACCGCAGCUCAAGUAAGCGUACUCAUACUUGGUCUUCGGCGUAUACCCGAAUGUCAAGGCGCUGGAAGUCUGGAGCGCACACCUAUCAUUAUCAACGGAACGGCACGACAGACGCGAGACGAGGAACCGAAUCAACAAGAGUGUAUUGAUGAUAGGUGCGCCGCAUCACUGAUUAUCCCUUCAAGGUACUUGCAAGGGACGUCUGAUGUGAUCAGCGAAUUCCUCGGAAGGACCGGAAGCUCAGUAGAUAUUGGUGAUCAUUCAGCUGGCAUUUCGUCCCGAUGCACUCUCUCACGGACCAAUAUAUUCUACCAACAAUACGCUGCAAUAUCACUACCAUGUUUGGGGUUUCAGCAAAUUGACACGCAUCCCUGCUGCGAGGUCAACGUUGUAUUUUUGUCUAAAGGUGUCACUCUGACUGUAUCACUGCUGUUGAUGUCGAACAACAUAAUAUGCCUCCGACCUAUACUUGUCAGUAGCGGCUUUUGUUACCGUCCCACUCUCCCGAGACUGCUGCACCAUACUCAACGCUCGGCUGAUACCGACGGCGGCCAUUUCCGUUCCAAGUGUUAAUCUGGGAUCAUCGUUCCUUCAUCUUUUUGAUCUACCACUCGGACAUCUCAGGUACUACGCUUGGAAGCAUUUCGGCGAGAUGCAUCGACAUAUCGCGAUUGUACAUAUGGGAUAUGGUCGUAGCUGAUAAACCAGUUGUCUUCUUAUGAAUAACCCAAUCACGUAGGUGAUCUCACGCGUCAGUUAACCAGUGCCGAAGUCUUCCGAAUCCCUGUAGGCUAUGGCGAACAACGAUUUCUUCCCUGUUGCGAGAAAUUCCGCGUUGGGUUGUAUCUUGUUAUUAUUUUUUCAGGCCAGAUAUUGAACAUCAGAGGGCGGAUGGCCGUCGGAAGCAUCGCAAUAUUUUAUUUCAAGGGAGAUAGAUAGUGUUAUGUGUUCUACACAUGAAUUAUUUCUGAGAUAGGUUUGCGGUGACUGGUAGGUGCUUAAGCCUCUCAAGAUUUGGGGACUAUAUUACAGUACAUGUAAAUCUACCUACUGAAGAUACAUUGUCAGGAGCAACAGUCGCCAGAGAAGGAUGUUCCGUUCAAUACUCGGAUGACAGAUAGACCUUGUAUUCAUUUCAUAUCAUAGUCCUGCGCAAUCCGAUGGUAUCGAAUCGAUCAUACCUUUAUCCCC